AUGCUGCCGGCCCUCCUGCGCCUCCUCGGGGGCCUGCGGGAGAGGCUGGCCCGGCAGGGCACGGUCGAUGUCCGCUACAUGAUUGUCAAUGAGAAGGCACCGCUCUCCCGUGCCAUGUUCGGGGAGCUGGAACGCCAGGCCCCGCCAGGCGUCCCCGUCUUCCAGCCGGAGCCGGAGGAGCCCGACGUCUGGCAGGUCCUGGGGGGUGACAAGGACGACUUCCUCAUCUACGACCGGUGUGGCCGUCUGGCUUUCCACAUCCAGCUGCCCUACAGCUUCCUCCACUUCCCCUACGUGGAGUCGGCCAUCCGCUUCACCCACAGCAAGGACUUCUGCGGCAACUGCUCCCUCUACCCCAACACCACCCAGGAGGCUAACAGUACCAUGGAGGUCCCUGUAACCCUGAGCCCACUUCCUGAACAAGAGGGGAAGGAGUCAGAGACCCCCAUCCACCAGCACAAACCCCUCCAUCCUCACCACCACCACCACGAGGCCAGCAGCGAGAAAGCCACCAACCUGAGUGGGGACCGUGAACCUGCCGCCCACGCUCACCACCACCAUGGAGACCGCAGCCAGCCCCACCACGAGGGGAAGAAGCAGGAGGAGGGAAGUGAGCACUAA